UUACACUGAGGCUAGCUGCCUAGCAGCAUAUUAUGCGGUUGCCAUUCUGAUUCACAGGAUAGAAAUCGAAUCCAAUAGUUUAUAAAAUGAAGAGUCGUAGCUCGUGUAAUAUGGUUUGCUUACAAUUACAAGCAGUCGCUGACAAAUAAAUUGUUAUCUCACGAUGCUAUUUUGUUUUUUACAUUGUGAUUUUAUGUAGCUUGUGUAGUUAUAUUAGCCAGAAAUUAUGGACAGGUGGAAUGGAAAAAUCGCCUUAGUGACCGGGGCAUCAUCAGGGAUAGGUGCAGCGAUUGCCAAAAAAUUUGUCGCACAUGGAAUGAAGGUGGUCGGAUGCGCCAGAAAUAUAGAGGCACUGAAAAAGAUUGCAGAAGAGGUUAAUAAACGUGGUCCUGGUGAGUUGUGGCCAAUUAAAUGUGAUCUACAAGUAGAAGCCGAUAUCUUAAAGCUUUUUCAAGAAAUCGAUGCGAAGUAUGGCGGCCUCCAUGUCCUAAUCAACAAUGCAGGAUUAGCACAUGAUGCACCGUUGCUCAGUGGAAACACGGAAGAUUGGAAGUCGAUGAUGUCCAUAAAUGUCAUGGCAGUAUGUAUAUGUUGUCGCGAAGCAGUCAAGCUGAUGGACAAAGCAGGGGUAGAUGACGGCCAUAUUGUCAAUAUGAACAGCACAUCUGGUCACGCUGUGGAUGACCGUCCAGACGCUCACUUUUAUCAAAUAACAAAGUACGCGGUCACCGCUAUGACUGAGGGUCUGCGGCGUGAAUUAGUUAGCAGAAAAUCCCACAUUCGAGUGACUUCAAUUUCCCCUGGUUUAGUGGGCACCGAUUUCCAACGCCGGUGGUUUCCAGAUGACCCAGAGAGAGUUGCCAAAAUACAUUCACAAUAUGUCGAAUUGACUGCUGACGACAUUGCUGACGAUGUAGUAUUUGUGCUCUCGACACCGGCUCGGGUUAAUAUAUGUGAAGUAUUAGUUCGUCCUACGGAACAGUUACGCUGAUAAAUAUACAGAUUUGUGGCUGAGUUCCGCAGAGUCAUAAUGGUUAUAUUAAUUUCAUUGAUGAUAUAGGCCACUUCUUGUACUAAUAACUAUAUUCUACAAGUUCACCUCAAAAUAUUAUUUCAUGGCCAAACAAGUGUCUACUUUACUGCAUUGAAAGGAGUAAUUUUAGACGAACUUCAUUUUCAUAUGUUAAAUACAAUUAUAUUGUUACAGGGUCUAACUAUAUUAUUUAAUAUCAUGUGCGAGAAAAAUUCCACAUAUGCUUUCCGAUAUAGCAUAUAUAUGAACAAGCAACUUCUCGCAAUCAUGGCGGCGUUCACCCACAUCAACACUCUAAGCUUGACCCGGUACAAGCAAUUACUAAAACGUAUUGGAUAUUUAUCACUAAACGAGGCUGUGGGACUGUUUAUUAACGUAUGUAUUCAACUACGCAACGCUAACAACAAUUCACUGCGUUUACUUAGAACUAGACCCUGUGCAACCAAAUAAUGAAAACAUAAAUAAGUUCACCCUCACUGUCUUUCUGAACUAUGCCUCGUACUCGUCCUGACGUAAAUAUGGGGCUUCGCAUCUUUACAUUCUCUCACAACUAGAUAUUCUAUUCAAAACUACAACUGGCUAGAAAGUAUGGGAACUUCAUUCACACAUUUCCUUUUAAAUAGGCUCUAUAAUAUGGACAAUUACUAGCCAUCGGGCCUUGACAGCUAUAACAAGAAGUUUAGUCGUUCACUUCCACCGUAUUCUCCGAAUUAGGCGCGGCUCGAAACCUUUUCUGCCCAUUCCUAUUGUAGUAUUUUAUUUAUGCAAGUUUCCGGUUUCCUAUGUAAACUCCUGUUUAGAUAGAACAUGUGGAAGCAACAUCACGGUAAUGUUCAGUGAUUUAUUUUUAUUAACGCCAAAGCAAGUUUUUUUAGUUGCUUCUAUACUGUAUACGUAUCGUAUAGGCUGGUACAAAUCCAACAUAUAAUUUGUUGUAUGUAUGUAUGUUUAUUUGCCUCAAAAAUGUAACAGUAUCUGCAUAAUAGUUAAACGGUAUAAAAGAGACGGGAUACAUGUUCAAGACCUUGCUGGCCUAAGACACAGAUGUGCGACAUGUUUCAGAAAUAAUAUAUAACAGGAACUUCUCAAUUCAGAUUUGUUGCUGUGUGGAACAACGCCAACAUUCAUCAGUAAUGUAUUUUCGUGUACAGAGCCUUGUUGAAAGCUAUCGGCACAUAAAGUACAUUAUAUUUGGUUCGGCGUACCCCGUACACCCUAUAAUCAUGGUGUUCUAGUUGAGUUUGUCUGAGAAUAAUCAAAAUCCUAUCGCCAACCAAUGUUACAAUAGCGACAUUGCUGACAGGACUGGACAUGUACGCACAGUCGACAGUUCUGACAUAUGUAAAUGACUUAGGCAACAAAUAACCUACAACACAUCGUUAUUGGACACUUUAGUGGAUAUAACUAUCGUUUCAAUAUUGUUUAAUUAAAUAUUAUUAAAGUAUUGGAGAAAUGCAGAAGUAUUCAACGAAACUAACAAGCAGAAACGUAUUACCGAUCAAACACAAAAUUUUAUGCAGAUUGAUCGUUCUGAAAUAUAAGAUAUGAGACUACAAUAUUAUAUUUCUGGUGUAUAAAUGAAAAUCUCCUGUAUCGCAUGCGCUUUGAAAUACAUUAUUGGGGAAAACGACCAAUGAUCAACCUGAACAAAUUAAAAAAAAAAAAUUAAAA